CUGAAGGACAGACGAUCAGAUUCACCUUCACACCAAACUAACAACUUCCUGUGAGUGAGUUCAGCUAAAACUCCAACACUGCUGCUUCAACCUGCUGACACUCCACACACUGAAGCUUCACUCAGAGACUAAAUGGCUUCCAGAUCAGAGGAGGAUCUCUGCUGUCCGGUCUGUCAGGACGUCUUUAGACAUCCUGUUGUUCUGUCAUGUAGCCACAGUCUCUGUAAAGACUGUCUGAAGAGCUGGUGGACAGAGAAACAAACACAGGAGUGUCCAGUUUGUAAGAGAAGAUCUUCAAGGGCUGAACCACCUUUAAACCUGGCGUUAAAGAACCUGUGUGAGGCCUUCUUACAGGAGAGAGAUCAGAGAGCUUCAGAGGCUCUCUGCAGUCUGCACUCUGAGAAACUCAAACUCUUCUGUCUGGACCAUCAGCAGCCGGUUUGUCUUGUCUGCAGAGUUUCAGAAAAACACACCAACCACAGAUUCAGACCCAUCGAUGAAGCUGCACGACAACACAAGAAGGAAGUUGAGGAAACUCUGGAGCCCUUAAAGGAGAAGUUAAAGGUUUGUGAACAAGUUAAAGUGAAGUGUGAACAAACAGCACAACACAUGAAGGUCCAGGCCCGACGCACAGAGAGGCAGAUUAAGGAGCAGUUUAAGAAGCUUCACCAGUUUCUAGAAGAGGAAGAGGAGGCCAGGAUGGCUGCACUGAGGGAGGAAGAGGAGCAGAAGAGUCAGAUGAUGAAGGAGAAGAUGGAGGCUCUGAGCAGAGAGAUAGCAGCUCUUUCAGACACAGUCAGAGCCACAGAGGACGAGCUGAGAGCUGAAGACGUCUCAUUCCUGCUCAACUACAAGGCUGCAGUGGACAGAGUCCAGCAGCGCCCCCUGCUGGAUGAUCCACAGCUGCUCUCAGGAGCUCUGAUAGACAAGGCCAAACACCUGGGCAACCUGACCUUCAACAUCUGGAACAAGAUGAAGGACAUGGUCUCAUACACUCCUGUGAUCCUGGAUCCAAACACUGCUGGUCCAAAACUCAUCCUGUCUGAAGAUCUGACCAGUGUGAGAAAAGCAGAGGAGAAGCAGCAGCUUCCUGAUAAUCCAGAGAGGUUUGAUAAAAACUGAUCUGUCCUGGGCUCUGAGGACUUUAACUCAGGGACUCACAGCUGGGAUGUCGAGGUUGGAGACAGUACAGGCUGGAUACUGGGUGUGUUAGCAGAGUCUGUCCAGAGGAAGGGACUCAUAGAGUCUGGAUUGUGGAGAAUAAUGUUCUAUAAAGGUAAAUACUCAGCAUGGGCACUACCAGCUCCACACACUGAUCUCCAACUGAAGAAGAAGCUCCAGAGGAUCAGAGUGAAUCUGGACUGGAACAGAGGAAAGCUGUCGUUCUCUGAUCCUGAUACUAACACACACAUACACACCUUCACACACACUUUCACUGAGAGACUGUUUCCAUACGUUAGCACUUUUGAUGAGCUGAAGAUAUUACCAAAGACAGUCUGUGUGACAGGGAAACAGAGCAGUUCGAGAUGAAGAGGAUGAUUUAUUUCUUGAAGGAAAAGUCACUAAACUCCAGCUUUGCUUGCAUUUUUUGCUGAUAGUUUUAUUUGUCUUCUGUGAGAAAUGACGAGCAGUUCCUUGUGGGUACUUAAAAAUCACUGGGACUGUAAGUUUUUGUAGAUACAGUGUGCUAUUGUCAUGUUUCAACAUUUUUAUGACCUUCUGAAGACUUUGUGGGUGUAGCUAUGAACUGCACCAGAAUUUACUGCAGUGACUAAACUAAACUGAUUCAAUUCAAGCUUAAGGGAAAGGGACUACUUUGUGUCUAUAGGCGAUUACAGAGCUGAACAUAUAAAAUGACAUGCAUUUUAGUUCCCCAAGGCUCCAUAUUGGGGCCUCUUCUGUUUUACAUUUACAGUACAUGUUUCCAUUGUCUCAGAUUAUGGAAACAACAAAAUAUGUUACCAUAGUUCUGCAGAUGACACACAAAUUUACAUUACCAUGUCCCCAGGGGACUGUUGUCCGAUACAACUCUGACUGAGGGCAUUGAACAAAUCAAUAACUGGAUGUUCAUAAAUAUUCUUCAGUCAAACAACAAAUAAACUGAGGUCAUAGUUUUUGGAACCAAGGAGGAACGACUAAAAGUCAGAUGUAGAUGUCCACGUUAAAAACCACAGACAGAGCCAGAAAUCUUCGUGUAGUCAUGGACUCAGAGCUGAACUUCAACAGCCACAUUAAGAAAGUUACAAAGACAGCCUGCUGUCACCUUCAGGACAUACUGAGGAUAAGAUGAGUGAUGUCUCAGCAGGAUGUGGACAAACUGCUUUGUGUCCACAGAGUCAGGACUUAACAUGGAGAAGCAGCGUUUAGUUUUUCUGCUCCACAUAUCUGCAACCAACAUUACAGU